UGUUCUCUUAGGGGUGGGUUUCUGUCUCCCUUCCCCUCUUUCUUCCUCUCUUUCUUAGGCUUUCUUUUGUAGGUGGUGAUGGCAUCUGCUGACGUUGAAUACUGUUGCUUUGUUGGAGGGCUUGCAUGGGCUACCGAUGACCUCUCUCUUGAAAGGGCUUUUAGCUCAUUCGGAGAAGUUAUCGAAUCUAAGAUUAUUAGUGACCGUGAGACGAGGAGAUUGAGGGGCUUUGGAUUCAUCACCUUCAGCAACGAACAGUCCAUAAGGGAUGCCAUUGAAGGGAUGAAUGGACAGAACCUUGACGGGAGGAGCAUCACUGUCAAUGAGGCUCAGUCCAGGGGAAGCGGCAGUGGCUGUGGCGAUGGCGGUGGCGGAGGAUUCCGUAACAGUGGUCGCCGUAGCAGUGAUGGCUAUGGCGGGGGUGGUGGAGGGGGUUAUUGA